GUGACGCGCGGCGGCGGGCGAUGACGCGGGCGGGCGAUGGGGCAGACGCUGUGCGUCUGUUCCCGGGGCACCGUCAGCCUGGGGGGAGCGCGCUACCUCCUGCUCCACCGCCUGGCAGAGGGGGGCUUCAGCUACGUGGACCUGGUGGAGGGGCUACGGGAUGGGCGCUUCUACGCCCUGAAGCGCAUCCUGUGCCACGACAAGGAAGACCGCCAGGCUGCCCUGCACGAGGUGGAGAUGCACGGCCUCUUCGACCACCCCAACAUCCUGCGCCUGGUGGCCCACUGCAUGGUAGAGAAGGGYGCCAAGCACGAGGCCUGGCUUCUCCUGCCCUAUGUGAAGGGGGGAACCCUCUGGAGAGAGGUGGAAGCACUACGAGAGAAAGGGACCUUCAUGCCAGAGCAGCGGAUCCUCCUCAUCCUCCAUGGGAUCUGCCGUGGGCUGCAGGCCAUCCACAGCAAGGGCUAUGCACACAGGGACCUCAAGCCCACCAAUGUGCUGCUGGAUGAGGAUGACCAGCCUGUGCUGAUGGACCUGGGCUCCAUGAACCGAGCUCGCAUCGAAGUCAACAGCUCUCAGGAGGCCAUGGCUGUGCAGGACUGGGCUGCCCAGCGCUGCACCAUCUCCUACCGUGCCCCUGAGCUCUUCACAGUGCCGAGCCAGUGCGUCAUAGAUGAGCGUACGGAUAUCUGGUCCCUAGGCUGUGUGCUGUACUGCAUGAUGUUUGGAGAAGGUCCCUACGAUGCCAUCUUCCAGAAGGGUGACAGUGUGGCUCUGGCCGUUCAGAACCCCCUCACGCUGCCCUCCACAACCAGGUACUCGGCUGCCUUGCAGCGCCUGCUCUUCUCCAUGAUGACAGUGAACCCCCAGGAGAGACCCAACAUCAAUGAAAUCCUCCACCAGCUGGAGGGGCUGCAGCCAGCACCAGCAGGACAGGACACCACGCAGAUCUGAGCCCACCCCAUUCCAGUGGUGACUCAUCCCAAGGCUGAGCCAGGGGAAAAGCAGCUGCCCUAAUCCCUGCUGCCUUGCAGACCUGUUGCAGAGGAGAUUGAUGCCCUGGGGGAGAGCUGCUCUGUGCCAGAGGUGUGUUGGAUUUGGAGUGUUCUGUGCCCUGGAUGCUGCUGCCUGGGCCUUGGUCUGUGCCCCUGAGCUGUGGAUAUGUGAUCUGCUGCUAAACAUGGGUCCCUCACCAGCUGCUGCCUUCCCUGGGGGUGGCAGAAGAAGAGGAUGUUGUGGGACCCCUCCUGGGGAUGAGAGCCACUGUCCUGCAGCUCUGUGCCCCAGGAAGGUUGCUCCUGCCCGGGGCAGAGCUGCGGGCUGGAUCCCGGUGCUGUGUUGGAGGGAGGUGGAGGCCCCAGUGCCCACUCUGCCAUUGCUCUUGGCACCAAUGUUGCCUUGUGUUUGAAGUAAAGUAUGUUCUUGCGGAGGUGUGUUUGUGUCCCUGUC